AUGUCUUCCAAUAGAGAACAGGUGUUCCCAACGCGUAUGACGUUGGGACUGAUGAAAUCUAAGCUCAAGGGAGCCAACCAGGGCCAUUCGCUUUUGAAAAGAAAGUCCGAAGCUCUUACAAAGCGGUUCAGGGACAUCACAAGACGUAUUGACGAUGCAAAACAAAAAAUGGGCCGUGUAAUGCAGACUGCUGCAUUUUCGCUGGCCGAAGUUACUUAUGCUACUGGCGAAAACAUUGGGUAUCAGGUCCAAGAAAAUGUUUCCACGGCCAGAUUCAAGGUGCGUGCUCGCCAGGAGAACGUCAGUGGUGUGUAUUUGCCACAGUUUGAAAGUUUUAUCGAUCCAGAGAUCAACGAUUUCAAAUUGACCGGUCUGGGUCGUGGUGGACAGCAAGUCCAACGUGCAAAGGAAAUCUAUUCGAGGGCCGUAGAGACUUUGGUGGAGCUUGCUUCGCUGCAAACCGCCUUUGUGAUUUUAGAUGAGGUCAUCAAAGUCACCAACAGAAGAGUCAACGCUAUUGAGCACGUUAUUAUUCCACGGACUGAGAACACCAUUGCGUACAUCAACAGUGAACUCGACGAGUUGGAUAGAGAAGAGUUCUACAGAUUGAAAAAGGUCCAGGAAAAGAAACAGCAGCAAACUGCAGAGCUUGAUGCUCAAUUGCAGAGAGAAGCUGGUUCUGCCGAAGAAGCUGGCAGUUCAGGUAAAGUGUCCAAAGAUGAAGAACCUACAGCUCCAAAAUCGGAAACAAACGCUAAAACAGUUCAAGACGCCCCAGACGUCCUUGCUGAGAACGAAGACGAUGUGAUUUUCUAG